AUGGGCGAGGACCACGACAACAGUCCAGGCGAAGAGCAGCCUCCGCCUCUGCCUCCACGACCCUCUAUCGAAUCGAGUGCAUCGAUAGAUGCGAGAAUGGCCAUGGCCGCUGCCACCACUGCAGUCACGCCUCUCGACAUCCAAACUUUAUCCUUUCCUGAUGGCUCCCGCGGCACUUUCUCGACGCCGGGCAACAGAGCCGUAUCCACACCCGUCCAAUCCUCGAGAAGCGGCCAGGCGACGCCGACAAGGACAUUGGCGGAGGGAGAAGACUCCAUGAGCAUCGCGAGCUUUUCGCCGACCCUGCGGCCGCCCAAUGACAUUGCCAGCCUGUUGAUGGGAGAGUUCAACAAGAGAAGCCCCGCGUGGAACCUGCUCAGGUCACAAUCGGCAACGGUACCACCGUUCGAAACUCUGAGGAUGGACGAUACAACUCGCAGUCUAGCCGGCUUCGCGCACGAGUUCGACGACCUGCCCGACGAGUCCGACGAAAGCGUCAAGGAUGAGGACCGAGUCGCCAUGUGGAAAGCAAAGCUGAAGCAUUACAUGAUCCUGUCAUCGGCUGGCAAGCCUAUUUACAGUCGGCAUGGGGAUCUCGGGCUGAUCAACUCGUACAUGGGCGUCAUCCAGACCCUUAUAUCCUUCUACGAGGGUGCUAAGAACCCACUUUCGGGCUUCACCGCAGGAAACACGAGAUUCGUUAUCGCUACACAAGGGCCUCUAUACUUUGUAGCCAUUAGCCGGCUGGGAGAGAGCGACUCCCAGCUCAGGGCGCAGCUUGAAGCUUUGUAUAUGCAGAUCUUGUCGACACUCACACUACCGACUCUGAAAAACAUCUUCGUCCACCGCCCAUCUAGCGACCUUCGGAAACCGCUGGAGGGCACUGAGCCUCUUAUUUCGUCUCUCGCCGACAACUUCACAAAGGGAUCCCCAUCGGCACUCCUCGGGGCUCUGGAAUGCCUCAAACUGCGCAAGUCCCAGAGGCAUGCCAUCAACAACGCCUUUCUCAAGCAGCGGACAGAAAAGCUCCUCUACGGUCUCAUAGUAGCUGGCGGCAAGCUGGUCAGCGUCAUCCGCCCACGCCGACAUUCCCUUCACCCUAGCGACCUACAACUCAUCUUCAACAUGUUGUUCGAGUCAGGCGGCAUCAAAGCCGGUGGCGGCGAGAACUGGAUCCCGUUAUGCCUACCUGCGUUCAACAACCGCGGCUACCUGUACAUGUAUGUCAGCUUUUUCGACGGGGUUGACGGCGAGCAGGCCACGGGACAGGAUCCGCCAGCAAACGCCGACGAAGAGCUAGCGAUCAUCCUCAUCAGCCCAGAUAAGGAGUCCUUCUUCGAGCUCAAACAAAUGCGAGACGCUGUUGCCGCUUCUCUGGCAAAGUCUGGUCAUCUCGCACUCAUUCAGACCGCCGCACGCGCUGGCCGACCUAGGACGAUGGAUAUCGCCCCGGGGUUCAGCAUGUCCGCUCUUGACCCCGUCUUCUCCUCCCUUAUUGCCCGCCGCCGCCUCAUGGGCCUCUACCACCAACUCCACGCCGCCGUCCACGCGAAACACUCGCAUAUGCGCGUUCUGCACUCCGUCUCCGAAGACGCAACCUCUCUGGCCUGGAUCACUCCAAUUUUUGAGUUCUACUGUGUUGCUGGCCCUAACGUGAGCCGUGCCGUACUCACCCAAGGGGCCAAUAAGGUCAUACAAUGGGCCCGGCGCGAGGAGGAACGAAUCUUCAUUAUCGGCGGAGGCGUCUUCUGA